GCAGUCAGUCGGUACUCGGCAGUGCUUCAGUCGGGUUCAGGUUCUGUGCGUCGUAUUACUCGUGGUGUCCACUGUUCUCUGGUGUGCGUCAUUCGUUUCACGUAUAAAUAAAUAUAUAAUAAAAAAAUAUCCACGCGCGUAUAUAGACAUAAUAUUGUUUUGUACGAUCGUAAUUAUAUCAAACGCGUUAUUAACGUCGUUUUCUAGGCGCGGUUGCACGAAUAAUAUUAUUAUAACGAUUAUAAUACGUUAAUUUACAUUAAUAUUCGCAAGUCGGCAUCAAAGACAAGCCAGAGGAGAAGGUGACGAUGACGUGAUUCGCCGGAGGACAGUGGCCUGCACACACUAGACCGAUAUGGGGUACACCGGUGGUAACGCGACGGCCCAGGGCAAACCUGAAUACGAAGCCUUGGUAGGUCGGCAGGAGGCGGAGAUCCGCAUGCUAGAAGUGAUGCGCCGGUGUGUGACCAGCAAGCUCAAGUGCGAUCGUGAGUACGCUGCGUCACUGAGUGCCGUUUGCGCGCUCGGGUUCAAGUGUGGCGGCGGCUCCGGCGCGGGCGGUAGUGCAGUUGACGCAACACCCGGCAGCAGUCUAAUGGCUGGUGCCUGGAAGCGGUUGCUCGACGAACUAGAUGCAGCCAGUCGAGCUAUUCGGACCGUAUGCGACCGGGUCGAGAAGAACACAUUGGAUCGGAUCGCAGGCAUAUGCGCUGAGAAGCGGAAGGCGAAAAAAGCAUAUCAGGACGAAUACAAUAGGAUAUCGCUGCAAUACAACAACUUGGUCGACGAGUUAGCAAGGAAAAAAGCAGAUUACACCAAACACUUAGAAACCUAUCGUUCAAUGAGAUCAAGAUUUGAAGAACAUUUUUUCAAAAGCGGCCGAGGAGGAAGAAAAUUGGAUGAUGUUCGGGAAAAAUAUCAAAGGGCUUGUCGGCGAUUGCAUCUUGUACAUAAUGAAUACGUCCUAUUAAUUGCCGAAGCCCAAGAAUCAGAAAAAGACUUCCAGACAAUAAUGAUGCCAGCAUUUAUGCAACAUCAUAAACAAGAGCUGGAAAAUAUCAUAGCCGAUUGGAAAAACGCUUUAAUUGAAUUGGCCGUGCAGUGGAAUCCGGCGUCCGAAGAAUUCGUACAGAUCGGCUUGCGUAUGGAAUCAUGUACGGAUAUCAUACAACCGUGUGAAGAGUAUAACGACUAUACAAAAAAGACUGAACGAAAUGACGUCGAGAUCUCAUUCGACGACGCAUUAGUGCAAGGCGAUACGUCUGGACAUCUGCAAGCUAACCAGUUGGCAGUCGACAAUCUGACUAUGGACUGGGUGCGCAAUAAAAUGACUGAACUUGAAACCCGGCUGAAAGAAUGCCAAGAUGCUAUAGAAACCAGUGUAGAUAACAAGUCAGAAAAUAAUUCAGAACUACAAUUAAUUGAACUCAAAAGCGAAGAACAUAGACUACAAAAGCAAGUAGAUGUUAUAAAAAAAGCACUUUUUGAAAUUGGUUGUGAAGAAUUGCCUUCUGGAUGCGAUCUUCCGUCAUUAGAUAUAAACGAUAUUGACAUUACUGUUGAUGGUACUCUGAAAAGGCCUUCGUUAAGUAAUGUUAGUCAAGCCUCAUCCAUGAUGACUAUAGCUACUACAUUGGCUACGUCUAGCUUGGUAGACAUCUUGCGUAAACCAUUCCGUCGUAAGUCUGUACCAAAUUCAGGGAAUGGUAACCUUUCAAUGGAUUCAAAUUCAGUGCAAAAUAAUAAUAGUGCCAUUACUACAACUACACCCAGCUCAGGAGUAGGUCCACAAAAUAGUGAUAAUAGCAAUCACUAUCAUUCUGACAGUUUAGAUGGAAACGACGGAUCGGUUAUUGUUGAUAUGCGACCGAUAGUCACGCCUGUGCCAUUUGCUGACAACAAUUCUAACAACUUUUUGCCUAGUGUGGUUGGAUCUUCUGUGAAAUCAUUAAUAGAAGAAGAAUGGUUCCAUGGAGUGUUACCGAGAGAAGAAGUUGUUCGGCUUUUAACAAAAGAAGGUGACUUUUUAGUGAGAGAAACUACUAGGAACGAUGAAAAUCAGACGGUGUUAUCUGUAUGUUGGGGUGGUCACAAGCAUUUUAUUGUUCAAACCACUUCUGAGGGUGAGUUUCGUUUUGAAGGACCAUCAUUCCCUACCAUUCAAGAACUUAUUACAUAUCAAUAUCAAAGUGCAUUACCAGUCACUAGUCGCUCAGGAGCUAUACUUCGACAACCAAUUCCUAGAGAACGCUGGGAAUUAAACAAUGAUGAUGUUUUACUACUUGAAAAAAUAGGCAGAGGUAAUUUUGGUGAUGUUUAUAAAGCAAGACUGCGGUCUACUAACAAGGAAGCUGCGGUAAAAACAUGUCGUGUUACCGUACCAGAUGAACACAAAAAGAAAUUUCUGCAGGAAGGUCGUAUUUUGAAACAAUACGAUCACCCUAAUGUUGUUAAGCUUAUCGGUAUCUGUGUGCAAAAACAACCUAUUAUGAUAGUCAUGGAACUAGUCGCAGGAGGGUCGUUGUUAUCGUAUUUAAGAAAUAAUUCCAAGACCUUAUCUGUUCUCCAAUUGGUCUCAAUGUGUCGUGAUGCAGCCGCUGGCAUGAUGUACUUAGAGAGUAAGAACUGCAUUCACCGUGAUCUCGCAGCUCGAAACUGUUUAGUUGAUGAUAAAAAUAUAGUGAAGAUUUCUGAUUUUGGUAUGUCCAGAGAAGAAGAAGAGUAUAUAGUAUCUGAUGGUAUGAAACAAAUUCCAAUUAAAUGGACAGCUCCCGAAGCUCUUAAUUUUGGUAAAUAUACUACAUUAUGUGACGUUUGGAGUUAUGGUGUACUAUGUUGGGAGAUAUUUGCCAAAGGAGGAACACCCUAUAGUGGUCUUAGUAAUUCAAAGGCCCGAGAAAAAAUUGAUACAGGCUAUAGAAUGCCUGCUCCUGAAGGAACACCCGAAGAGAUUUAUCGUCUUAUGUUACAAUGCUGGCAAUAUCAGCCAGAAAACCGUCCACACUUCGACAGGAUAUAUGCAACUAUGGAAUCAUUGGUCAAAUCAUUGAGCCCAGUUUCUCCUAAAAUGCGUAUUGUCGAAGGCUCUAAAUCAAAUGAUAUUUCCAAUGUCGCUCUAUUUAUGUUGCGUAUAUGAUGAAUAUCAUUGGCUUUUUGAUAGGCCAUCAUCCAAGUGGUCUGCAGCAGCCUGUCUACGGAAAUGGUGAUGUCGCUGUGUGUGCUACGGAGUCUUCACAGAAACCCUUCUGCUGGUGAAACUUAUUCUUGUGAUUGUUAAUUAUUAAGUUUUUUUUUUAAAUUAUUGUUUAUUGUUUUGUUCAUUAGCAGUAUCGACCUCAAAUUUAACCGCGUAUACCGUGUAAAAAAUAAUUAGUUUAUAUAAGAUUUUGGACUAUAUAUCCGUAUCUACCAUUACUUAUUUGUUACCUAGAAUGUUACGAAAAAAGUUUUAUGCUCAAAAUAAUUUUUUGGACUUAGUUAAACAGAAAAAUCUCAAUUAUUAGGUGCUAUUUAUUUUAGUGUUUAGAAAACAUUGAGUUUUAAAUCCAAAUGGAUAAUAAUUGUAUAAGUAUUCAAUCUUUAUGAAAGUGCCAAAUUAAAAGACUAUAGAAGUUAUACAUUUUUUU